AUGGUUUCCACACCACCAGUGGUGGUCCGUACACAGCUGUUUCCUGUUUCCCUCUUGUUGAUAACCAUCAUUUUAUUAUUAAAUAUUUUACUGUCCACUCAAAAUCAAGCAGAAAUCAUUCAACAAAUUGGUAUUCCUAUAAAUGGUAUGGUAGAAGAAGGAGGAUGGCAUUAUUACUAUGUAGAUCCAAGUCUUUUUUCUAGUGCUGUUGCUACAUUUGCAUUGACUCCGUUGAGUGGUGAAGUCUACAUGUAUGUUAGCACGUAUGGUCAACCAACUUUACAGUGUGAAAAGUGUUUGCUUUCGUAUCCAAGUUUACUUGUCACUGCGAAUGGAACAUGGCCAAGUAAUGGAAAUAUUUUCACAAUUGGUGUGUAUGGUAAUACUCCUGCUAGGUUUACUUUCAACUUGUGGGGAAGUACUAGUCCAGCACAUGUUACUCUAGUUGAUGGUCAACCACAAUACAGUCAGGUAGAGAGAAAUGGUUAUUCCUAUUUUAAAGUUAAAGUCACUGGUCAACUACCAACAAAGCUCUAUAUUUCUAUUGGUACUCAAGAGGGAGAUUCUGAUCUAUAUGUUUCAGGAAUAUCUCAAUUUCCAACCAGUACAGAUUAUGAUUAUGCAUCACGUAGUUAUGGACCUGAUUCUGUUACCAUUCCAGUGGAGGAAAAUUCUCCAAGAGAGUACUGGAUUGGAGUGUAUGGAUAUUUUGUUGACAACAAGUUUACAAUAGUUUCAUGUCAAGCAAAUACUUCAACAAUGAUAUCUGAGAGUCUUAGUAUUGCAUUCAGGGAGGAUUCACCAACUUCAGAUUUGCACUAUUUUGUUUACAAUAACUUGAUAUUACAAAAUUUAAGGUUUGAAGUUAUUGUGAGAACAACCAAGAUGGUAGACUUUUAUAUCAAGUAUGGAACCAAACCAACUGAGAACAGUUAUGAUUAUUACAUGUUGGCAAAUAGAGAAAAAGUAAAGCAAAUUCCUAUGAGUGAUUCAAAGGUUGGCACUUAUUACAUUGGAAUCAAGAUUGGAUUGGUAACUUUGACCGUAAAAUCAAUGCCAGAAUACGUGCUUUUACAAGAGGAUGUUGCUGUGAAUGGAACAGUUGCUGCAAAUCAAUUGAAUUACUACCAACAUAACAAGAAAGAUAUGCUAAAAAGUAGCCUUACAUUGACUGUAUUUUUUGGAAGUGUGAAAUUGUUCCUUUCCUUUGAAAGUGAAAGACCAAAUCAAUAUGUUCACACUAGGGCAGCUAAUGGAACAGUAGGUCAACCUGGACAACUGAUUAUUAACGAGAGAAGUGAUCUCAAAUUUUCUGUUUUUGGUGAAGUUGACUCUUCUUAUACGUUGACAUAUUCAACAGAAAAUCCUCCAACAGAAUUGAUCAAUGGAAGAAGAGUUGGAUUGUUUGUUGUACCUUAUGGAAAAUAUGGAUACUUCACUUUCAAAGCCAAGCAAGAGGAACUUAACAAUACUGAUAUAAUGUUCUUCAUUUCAACAUCAGUUGGAAGCGUUGAGUUGUAUGUCAAUACCAAGAAUACCUUUCCUUCUCCAAGAGAUUAUAAUUGGAGUACACGGUCACCAAAUGCAUUGCUAAUUCCAGGAAUCUCUAAACUCAUAACUUCAAAUGAGUUUCGUGUUACAGUGGAAGGAACUUAUUCAGAACUUUCAGCACUUUCAUACUACUCAAUAAUGGCUUUACAAUCAAACAAGUCAAUUCUCUUAUCAAAUGACCAGAUUGUUUCCUCUAAAAUUGUAAAUACGGAUUUCUAUCAAUUUUACCAAUAUCCAUUGGAUGGUUCAAUGAAAUUGCUCAUUUCAAUUGAAAGUGUUGGUGUCAUUAACCUUUAUUACAGUACCGAAAAUCCUAAACCAAUAGGGCAAGAUGGUGCACCACAAGAAAUUAAUGGUAUUUACAACCAGGAAAUCCUCUUUUCAGGAAGUUACCUUUACAUUGCUGUCAAGACGAGUUCUUCAACUCCUGUUUCGUAUAAGUUGAAAGUGAAAAUUAUUUACAGAGUAUUACCUUUGAAUAGAAUUUCUGGGGAAGAUAGUGUCGCUAACAAUGAGAUUCAUCAAUUCAGAUUCGAUCUCAAAAAAAACAUUGCUUCACAUCUUUCCUUUGCGUUGAUCAAUAUUACCGGCUCCACAAUCAUGUAUGUUUCUAAUGACUGCCAACCUGCGAAUGAAACUCAUUAUAAUUGGAAAGUGGAUCCUGAAACUCAAUACGGUCAAGUUCUCAUGUUAAGCAAUCAACAAGUUGGAUGCUAUUACAUUGGAGUUUACGGGCUAGUUGCUUCCACAUUCAAAUUAUCUGCCUUCUUAGAUGACGCCUUCAUCCGUUUACGAGAUACUAUAUUGAUGAAGGCAUCUACUGAUGGAAUGCCCAACAUCCUCAAUUAUUACGGACGGCCAUAUUCUGACUAUCUCGUUUUGAAUAUUAAGGCUGUUUCAGGUUAUGUGAAUGUCGGUGUUGCUAAACAAAUUUACUCCCCAGACUACAGCAGCUACUCUUCGAAUGGAGACCAUGACAGAUCACUAAUUAUUCCAAUAACAGAAUUUUCAUCGAGCUAUGUGGAACUUUCUAUUGCUAUUUCUGGUAAAGCUGGAGAGCCAAAUCCAAUGCUUCAAUUGACCCUCGAUAAUACAAUUUGCUAUGGAAAGAUACCUUCUGCUAAUAAUGUUUGUUCUGGAAAAGGUAAUUGUAUUGGAUAUAAUGAAUGUGAAUGUUUAGAGGGUUAUGAAGGAGAUGAAUGUGAACUUUUCAAAUGUUUUGAUAUUCUAAUGUCCAACAAGACAGUUUGCUCGUCCAGAGGGAAUUGCGUAUCUCCAAAUAAGUGUGAAUGUUCUGGUGGCUACUUUGGUGAUUCUUGUGAGUUAUUCAACUGUUUUGGUAUUGCAUUCUCUGAUGAACGUGUUUGUUCUGGUAAUGGAUUCUGCUCUUCAUUAGACAAGUGUCAAUGCAAGUAUGGAUAUUUUGGAGCUGAAUGUGAUCAAAAUGUGUUGUGUCCAGAAUCUGAGAAAGAUUCUUUCUAUUGUUCAAAUAUUGAAUCGAAAUCAAAUGAAACAGAAACAAACAUUGUGGAAGUGCAAAAUAUUAACAAUCAUCUCACAAUCACCUUCGAAAAGUAUGAAAAUAUCAUCAUGGUCCUACCUUCCACUAUUUCAGAAUAUGUAUUUUUGAAUAAUACUUUAGGACAAACGAUUCUAACAAUGGCUUCCUCUGUAAUUCCUGAAUCAUCAAAAUCACAAGAGAAUUCCAAAGUAGUUAGUCCAAUAGUUAAUUUCAUUCUAUUGCAAAAUGGAACAACAGAAAGAAUUGAAAUAACAAAUCUCAAAGAGCCUAUCCACUUAUACAUGCACAACAUUUCAGUUCAGAAAGAGGCAGCAACAAGUCUUUCAUGUGCAUUCUAUGAUUCUAACAGCUGGAACACUGAUAAUGUAACUACAACCAUCCUUAAUCAAAUAGAACAAGGAGAAGCAACCAUCUUCUCAGUAUCCUGCUCCUCAAAAUCAUGGACAUCUUCCGUUGCCAUCAUAUCCCAAAUGAUUGCACCAAAUCCUCCUCCAACUCAUGAAUCAAGUCAGCAAGGCCUUCCAAAAGACUCUAACAGUGUUAUUAUUGGAGAAAAUCACAACUAUUACUACCUCAUUGGAUUGGGAUUAAUCUUAUUAAUAAAGAAAGAAGAAGGCUCUUCGGGCAGUGGUGAUGAAAAGAAGGAAAAUUACAACAAUAUUAAUUACGCAAACCUCAAGGAAGAAGAGGCUUAAACAUCGCUUUUUACCAU